AUGGUUCAGGAAAGACAGCGUCGAGGAAAGGGAGUCUACUGGACCCUGAGACUCUGGUCAGUUGCUGUGGUUUCCAUUCUCCUCCUGAGCACCUGUUUCAUCGCGAGCUGUGUGGUGACUUACCAGCUGACCGUGGACAACCCCAAUAGAAGACUGUCUGAACGUCAUAGAAAUCUUUCCAGGAUCAGCUGCGUCAGUGUAGGCACUAUGGAGUCAGACAAAGUCUGGAGCUGCUGCCCAAUGAACUGGACGCCAUUUGGUUCUAACUGCUACUUCAUUUCCACUGACAUAACAUUUUGGAACGAGAGUGAAGAGAACUGCUCCAGCAUGGGCGCUCAUCUGCUGGUGAUCCACGGCCCGGAAGAACAGAAUUUCAUCACCAGGAUCCUGGCCACUGAUGCUGGUUAUUUUAUAGGGCUGCGGGAUCCAGGUCAUCGACAGUGGCGAUGGGUUGAUGGGACACCAUACAAUGAGAGUGCCACAUUCUGGCACAAAGGUGAGCCCAACAAUGAGGAAGAGCAAUGUGUUACCCUAGUUUACUGGACACCUGUAUGGGGCUGGAAUGACCUCCCUUGCAGUUAUAAACAGAAGUCAGUUUGUAAGAUGAAGAAAAUAUACUUUUGA